CCUGGGGACAUGGGCAUGGCCAUGAGCACACGGGCAUGGCCCUGGGGAUGGCUCUGGGACACGCUCCUGCUGCAGCUCCAGGCUCACAUGGGGACAGAGGGGACAAAAGUCCUUUCUGGGCAGAUCCCCGAAACUUCACCCAGUCCCCUGGGUGUUUCCAGCCCUACUCGAGCAGGACGAGGGGGGGGUGUGCAGCUUGUCCCAGGGCUUUGGGGAUCCCCAUGCCCUCCCUCCCCUUUCCCCCUCGCAGUUCCUGCACGGCCGAGGGCAGAAGGAGGUCAGCAUGCAGAUGGUGCAGACCAUGAGGAUUGGCCUGAAGGACCAGAACAAGGGGCUCUUCUCUAUCUGGCAAGAGAUCUUCCAGCUGCCCAGGCCCCAGAGGCACAGGAUAGGAAUGGAUCCCUUUUUGCCAGCCCAGCUCCUGCUGGGGGAUGAGGACCUGCCCCGUCCCGAGGGCUCAGGGGGCUUCAAUUCCUCCUCCCAGCGCUUCCAGCACAUCCUGCACCUCUCCAUCUCCUCGGGAGAGCAGGAGAAGCUGGCCCAGGGCCUGUUUGAGAACUUCCUGCAGAUGAAGGUGCGAGAUUCCAGCCUGGGCUCCGUGUGCCUGGCCCUGGAGUGGCUGGGCUUCUCCGACCUGCUGGGCCAGGCUGUGCUGCAGGCCCAGAACUUCCAGCUGCUGCGCUACCUGCCCUUCCUGCCCGUGGCUUUCCACCUGCUCUUCGCGGCCACCUCCAUCCCCCGGCUGGCUUAUCCCAGCAGCCAGCCCGAGGCAAGUGCAGCAGGGCCUGCUGCCAGCCUGGCCCAGCUCCCUGCC